AGACCCUGUAAGGCUCAAAAGUUGCGUGCAGGUGUGGUGGGCAAAGACCCAAUGAUCAGGACCACCUAUGGCCCGGUGGGCCUCCGACAACCGCGAGACCCGGAGGUGAUCAAGCCCGCCGUGGGUGAAAAGAAAGAUUGGAAGAUCGAGAAGAAAUGGCUGACCUCCAAAACCAGGAAGCACGACGUCAAGGGUGACACAUAUCGCACCGUGGUGAAGCAGACCAUGCUCUUGGCCGCCGCCAAGAUGGAGGUCAACGACAUCGCCUACGGCGCGCCCGGCGUCUCCAUCGACGAGAAGACCGGCCUCUUCCGAUCCCCAGAGGAGAUGGCCUCGAGAGAUCAGCUGGCGCGCACGAAGAUCGCCGGGCUCAAAGACGGAACGGUGGCCAUUCCCGAUCGACACGGCGUGGGCGUCGUGGGUUUGAAGAAGACUGGGCGCUCUCAAACACGGCACCUGCUGGUGAAGACCAGCAAAUACCCGUGGGCCUGGUACAAAUACAGGUACUGGUCCAUCCAGUCUGGCAUCAUGAAGGUCACUAGGACGAUCGGUCCUGAGUAUCCAGGCGAGCGGUGCAGGCUCUACGACAUCCGUGAGGCGAGCUGCAAAUUCGAGACCCGUGACAUGGUCGGGAUCCAGGAAGCUUUCGUCGGCAACUACCAAGCGCGUGUGAGGCUUCUACUGAAGGAACGGCCAUGGGGUCCGGUCUUCCUCUACUCGAAGGAUGUCUCAGAAGUGAAAAGUUGGGAGCGAGCCAUCCGCAUGUCCAAGUACCUGCUCAAUGCGACCGACCGGGAGGCCAUGGCCUUUGUCAUUGGACGAGUGGCGGGGUCCAUCAUGGCAAAAGGGUGGAACGCAGCCUUCAAGUAUUACAAGGAGUUGGAGGACACCCGGCGGCUGAUCCGCGGCCUGGCGAUGCGUCUCACGAAGUUGGACCUCAGCCGCGCCUGGAACAAGGCCCGCCUGGUGUACAUGCAGAAGACUCAGCAAGAGAAGCUGCGGAAGGAACAGCAGGAUUGGGCCGCACGCUUCUUGCGGGAUAAGAUGGAGAGGAUCAACAACCAAACGGCCAGGUCGCCGGCGAUGAUUCGGCUGGCGGCGAUCAACAAGGCGCAGCUCCUCUUCCGACACUUCCGCCAGGAUCACAUCUUCGACCGAUCCUAUGCGCUGGGCACCAAUGUGAACACCCGAGUUCAGCAGAUGAUGAAGGGCGUCUCCAUGAUGGGGUCGUUCAGCUCCUUGUCGACUCGGGAAGUGCUUCACAUGGCUUUGCGGGGUGAAGGCUUGAACGCCUUCUUCGAGGAUAUCGACAUGUACAUCAACUCCAAGGCCUCCUCCUACUCCGAGGUGAACGUGGACUUGCAGAAGAUGGCCUUAAGCAUCUCCGAAAACUUCAACAUGCUCUCCUUCAGCGAGCACGAGGGCAGCUCCCUGCUUCACGGCGCGAGCUGGGAGAACUUCGUGAACCUCAAUCAGAUUAGCUCCGUGGUGCUUCACUCCGAGCGCUCCUUCGCCAAGAGCCGCCAGGGGGAGCUGAUGCCACCGGGCAGCUGUGGCGGUGUUUGGUUCACCAUCCAUGGGCCACGCGUGGGCUGGGGGCGCACCUUGCGCCAUGUCAUGGAUCCGGAGACGCAAAGGCUCAGCCAGGAGGUCAUCGGUUCACCCGAUGGAAACUUUCUGGGGGCCGCGCUGGCGAAUGGAGAGCAGCUCCAGUGGCUGCGCUUAGAGAUCGGCAUCCGCAGCGCGUCCGUACCAGACCUGCGGCGGGAGCUGCCGGAGGAGGGACAGAUGGAAGUCUUCGGGGAUGGCACGGAGGUACGUUCAGAUUUUCAGACCUUUGUCGUGCUCACCGUGCUGGGGAAGCGCUUCAGGAGCACCUCAUCUACGGGUAGCACACCGUCUUACCAGGGGCCGUAUUUGGGCAAGUUCGUGGCCGAGAUCCCGCUGCCCGUGGGCGAAAAGGGCCUGGCGCGCUUGGACACCUCAGAGAUCGGCAUCGAUGUGGUCGAGCAGGACCCAGUGGAUCCAGAGAAGAAUCGCACCAUUUGGGCCACCAAGAUGCCAUUAUGGAAGGCCUUCACGAUCGAGGAGGAGAUCAUGAAGCCAGAGCCACCCCCAGCGACCUCCGCCUUGACGACACUGGUGGGUGAGGGCGCGCUGACCACCUUGGGCUUGGUGGACGAGGUGCAGGAGGAAGUGAAGUCCCUGCGAGACUCGUUGACCACGGGCGCGCGGAAGAACACCAAGCGCUUGUGGCUCAUGCACCCCUUCGUGGACCUCUCAGAUGCCUUGCCGCUCAAGGCGCACCUCGACGUGGAGAUCUCGGCCAAGGUGGCGGCCUCGUCGCUGCUGCCGCGGACCUGCGUGUCGCCGGAGCUGCAGGGGCGAGGCUCCACGGUGAACCUCUUCACCUCGCAUAAGGCCGCCUGGCUGGACGCCGCCAGUGCCUUGAGGAACAUGAGCGUUCCAAGCAUGGUCGAGCUGAAGAUCCGUGAGCUCAUCUUCCCCAGCGACGAUCCUCCUGAGGAUGCGCGGCUCUACAAGUACUUCAUUGAAGCCAAGUGCAACGGCGUCCGGAGCAGUUCACCCUCGCUCUGUCGACCGAAGAGGGCUUGGAGUUACCUGGUGCCCUGCGAUAGCAGCAAGAUCGACUUCAAGGCGUGCAGCAUCUUCUUGCCGCUGCCGCCGGGCUGCUGGGGCGACGACGCGCCCACGGUGGAGGUGAAGGUGCUGAAGGCGAUGGUCACGGAGCUGCCCACGGUGAACUACCAGGAGUUGCUGGCAAACAACGGCAAGACCGGUCCUUCAAACCACGCACCGGAGCUGGUGUACCACGCGGAGCUCUCCUUGGAAGCGAUGGCCGUGGACUUCUCGAGGAAGUCCGCCAGUGUGCCCUUUGCGAAGUCCAGGGCGAAGGCCACCACCUACAACGUGGCGAAGGACGAACUGAGUCCGGUGGAGGCUCCUGCGGUGGUCGUCAUGGACAUCGCCCUGCGGGAUAGGACCUUUGCCCGGCUCAAGCAGGCAGAGGACGCCAGCCGCGCGGGGGUCGUCAGCGUGGGGGACAAGGCGAUGCUGCGCGUGGAGGAGCCGCUGGCCUAUCCGCUGAACGAGGUCGAGUACCGGCGCCGCGGCUUCCCUGGAGAGUUCCAGCCCGGUCGCCGGCGUGGAGACUUCUGGGCGGCGCCCUUAAGGGAGCCCAGCGUCUCCUACGAGUACAAGGCCAGCGGCUUGGACCAGAUGGACCCUCCCUAUCCGUUCAAGCAACGCUACAUGUCCAACAGUCACGACGACGUGGUGCCCCACAAGUUCGUCCUGCCAGCGGCAGAGGCGGAGUUCGUGUCACAGGUGAAGCCAGGGAGCUAUCAUCGCAUCAUGGACAUGCUCGUGGCCGAGAAGGGCCCCGAGUUGCAGAAACAGCAGAGUGGCGAGACGGAGAAGAAGUAUUCAACGAUCGUGGUGGAUAAGCUGUCGCAUUUAAUCCGCCACAUCCCGGUGACGGUGCUGGCUGUCUACCCAGAUCAAUCUUGCGACGUGGAGUUGGCUUCGAACUUCAUCGCCGCAUGGGAGAACAUACCCCACAAGCCCUAUGCCUUGCAAGGCUCCGUGGUGGUGGGCGAGCACAUGGACAUCAGCGAGAUGGCCAUCCGCUCCGCGCCCGUGGGCGCGGGCGAUGUGGGGGAGCGCAAGCGGCGCCGGGUCUUGCUGAAGGGCGUGCCACUGCAGGUGGUGCAGAGCGUGCAACCCGCGAGCUUCAACAUCUACGAUGCGGCCAUUACGACCACGGAUGAGAUCGUGCGCAUUGACCCGAGGAAGAUCGGCAACGACUACAACCCGCGGCUCAUCGACGGCACCGUGGACGACAUGUCCGUGCUGGGCGGCCAUCGUGGCAGCUACCGCAUCGCCGCCGGGCCGCUGCCGCCGGAUGCCAAUCCCACCGAUUGUCAGUACGAGUGGUCCUUGCGGCUGAACGCGGAGAAUGAAGCGGACAUGUACCACUUUGUGACCAUGCUCCGGCAGGCUUCGCGCAUGGAUAUCUUCGAACAGCUGAAGAAGCUCAAGGAGUUCAAGCAGAAGAGCGUCUAUGCCCAUAACAACCGUCCCUACCUGGACUCUCAGAUCUACUCCUCACAAUCUGGACAUUUGGAGGUCAUCCUGGUGGAGGCCAAGCACCUUCGCCCGACCCGCGUGCAGCAAGAGCAAGAUCUGCAGACGGCCUUGUCCAAGAGUCUCCAGCUGGAUUUACAGGUCGAGGCCACCUUCCGGUUGAAGAACAUCGACGACGAGGGAAAGGCCAAGGAGUUGAUCUACAAAGGCUCCAAGGUCCAGCGCUGCCCUUCGAUGACGGGCUCCAACCCCUGUUGGGGCGAGACUGAACAGUUGAAGGGCUCGGGGGGAUGGGUCUUCAAGAGCCCACUCCUGGAGAAGGCCAUGAUGCCGAACUUGUACUUGGAGAUCGAGUUGUCGAGCCGGAAGUAUGAGAAGUUGGGCAUGAUCAGGAUGGCCGUCUUUGGCGCAACCUUCCAAGAUGAGUUCCUGGGUGGCGCGCCGACCUUGGACUUGAGUGACUCUAAGAAACUCUACAACAACCUCUGGAUCCCCUUGGCCACCGUGGACCCAGCCACGGCGAAGCUGACGCCCAAGGCCUAUGGCGAGCUGCACUUGAUGACCGUGUGGAAGCCUUCGCAGGAGACCGUGGCCUUGCGUCGCUUGCCCAAGACGGUUCGUGGUUGGCAGAGCUGGGAGUUGAAGCAAGCGCUGAAGGGCACCGCGAUGCACGAUCCCAUCUACGAUGUGCAGGCGGUGAAGCGCGGCUAUGAUCCCAACUUGUAUGAACACCAGGGCGAUCAUCAAGAGGCCAUGAAUGAAGCCAAGCUCAGCCAUAUGCAGAAGAUGUUGGAGAGCAUCCCCUACCUGGACUGCUGUGAGCGGCAGCAACGUGUCGCUUGGCGCGACUUCCGCCUGAAGCUGGAAUCGAUGAGCCCCGUCGAUGCGGACGAGCAACCGCAGAGACCCUCCUUGAGCCUGCUGCGGAGCGGCUGGUCACAUGGGGAGACGCCCAAUACUCGGAUGUUGUGGGAGUUGGAUGAGCUGAUGCGUCGUGGGGUGCCUGCGCAUAAUCGCGGGGAGAUUUGGUUUGAGAUCACUGGUGCUCAGGAGCUCCAGCGGAAGUGGCUGGAACGCUGGGCCGAGAAGCUCUCGAGCGAGGCAGAUCCCUCCGUGGCCUUCUACCGCAGGCUGGUGGAAGAUGGCAAGCCCUACCGGAAUGAUGCCAUGUGGCAGUUGCACGAGGACUUGGUGGCCGCCGCCUCCUGGGAGAGGAGCCAAUGGGAAGGGAGGGAAAGAGACAUUGUGGAGAGAAAGAUUCACGUUUGCAACGAUUGCAAUGAAAAUGCUAUCAGAUCGUGGUACAACAUUCCUGUACCAGAGUUUCCAGAGGGGCCUGAUGUGGCAGCAAAUCAGCUGCUCGUUGAAAGCGAUGAGGAAACGAUUCCUCAAGAGGGAGAUGUGCUUUUUUCCACUGAUGAAUCUGGUGGAGAUGCAGAAGAGCCCGAGGGUCACAUGCUGUUGCAGUCUUCUGAGGAUGAUGCCGAGCAAGCUCAGCCUGCACCCAAGCGUAGGAGGUAUACUGACAGGAAAGCAUCAUCAACUCUGCAGUUCCUUGGCCGAUCGGUGUGCAGCAGGGCACAUCAAAAGCUGUACGCCAUUGGAUCCGCAGCUUUGCAGAACCUCCGUCAGGGCCUGCCUGCUUACACAAUGCAUGAUCAACGGCUGCCAGAACCAAAGCAUGAGUUGUUGAAGGUCUCUUUGCGCAGAAAGUCUGACAAUGCAAAGUGGCCGCAUGUGCUCAAGUUCUUUUGGUUGCUUUACAUCAGUGCAGCGGAGGUAUUACCAACAAAAUUGGUGAUGCCCAAUUCGUGGCACAUGGAAGCUAUGGCGAAAGAUUCUGAUUUCCAAGAACGAUAUUGUUCUGCUUUUUUGCAGAACCUGGAGCGGAAUUUUCAGUUGAGCCAUCCAGGUCAAAUCGGCCCAGGUACGUUCGCAGGACCGAGGAGAUAUUUAGAACAUUCCAAGCCGAUUGAUUUGUAUAUACAAUACUCUGCAUUUUCAGAUGCUGAUGGCCAAGAAGCAGCAUCAUUUGCAACGUUCAUGAGAAUAUUCAACCAGAUAUUUUCCACACACCUGAAGUUUAGGGACAAAGCAGAGUUUGGGCAGUGUGAAGUGUGCUACCGCAUGAAAACAAAACUCAGAAAAGCAAGCACCCGAUCAGAAAAGGAUCAUUGGACGAAAGCCUACAGUUCCCAUUUGUUGAGCCAAUGGCGGGACCGCCAGUUUUACUGGCGGAUGCGGGAGCUUAGCAGGCAAUAUUUUGCGCAGUUGCUUUUGACUGGAGCAACAAAAAUGAAAUCUCUGGAGCUGUCAUCCAGCGUCUUGUGUGCCAUUCAGGAUGGCAUGGACCAGUCGAAACUGCGUGUACCCAAGUGGGGAUAUGUGAGACUUCCAAAGACCCUGGAGGCACUCUAUCGCCCAGCGCUUCAUUUGAGCGCCAGCUGGUUCCACGGAGCACACUUAGCCCUGAGCAUUACCGAUGAGAAUGUCAAGAAGAAUUCAGAGAGCCAAAUAGAGCAGCUUGCGAGAUCUCUAUCCAAUUUGCUUGCUUCAACCUCCCAGCUGCCGCUAUAUUUUCACUGUCAGAGUGAUAACUGCUUUCGCGAAGCGAAGAACCAGUUCGUGGCAGCGUUUAUGUUGAUGCUAGUGGCAUGUAAAGUUUUUAGAUCAACAAGCCAAGGAUUUUUGCGUACUUCUCAUUCCCAUGAAGACGUGGACCAAAUUUUUGGGCAGAUUGCUCGAAUUCUUCAAGGAAAGGCCAUCGCCACAGCCAAUGACAUGGUGGACUUCUUGAACAAAGCCACGAAGAGAAGUGGUACUUCAUGCAGCUCAGAUUCUACAUUGCGUGGAUCAAGCUGCGAGGCCUACAAACUUGACGAGGUGACAAGCUGGAAGACCUUUGUUGCUCAAACCGGUGUUGUGCUCAAGGGAAUGCGGCGAGUGCAUUUUCUUCGUUAUUGCCAAAGAAGGGACAUGGGGUCUGACAUUUUGGAUAACGUGGCAGAAAUAGAGGAACUUCGAGGUGUCCCGCCAGCAGAUCGCAAUGGAGAAGACAUAUUCUUAGUCACAAAACAGUGGCUAGCCGACACUGAAAUUGCAAGAGUGAUCUGCGUCAUGUCCGCUUCAACAGCCCAACAAAUUCGUGUUGGGUGCAGUAGUCCGGCUGGCUUGGCUGAGCGAAGGAGGAUUUCUGAUGGUGUGAGAUCAAAUAUCAACAGAUACGCCACUCGGAGUUUGAACAAGGGCACUCUGUCCAAGGACUCCGGACAGUACCUAUUGAAGUGGGUCAACGGCACAUUGCCGUGCUUUCCAAAGCCAGAGGCAUACCCUAUCCUGAGUUACAGGUACAUUCGAGAACUGCAAGCAGAAGCCAGACAUCCAGGCACAUGGAUGACACCUGCCCGUCGCAGGAAUUUUGAUGUGACAAUUGGUCCAGCAGAUGGUAAUUUGACGUCGGAUUCUGAUGAAGAUGAGGUGGACUUGAGUGCAGCUGCUGAUGAUGGCAUCCCAAAGGUCGAGGAUGGAGACAUUUUCUUCAGUUCGGAUGAGGAGCCCAUUGCAGGCCUGCCAAUUCGUGCUUUCAUCUACAACUUCCUCAAGGAAGAACGCUUUGCAAAUCUUCGGGGUCAGCUAGCUGCAACUUGUCGGGGCAUUGACCGGCUGCGUAUUGGUAGCAUCUGUUCUGGGUGGGGUGUCUUGGAAAUGGUCAUGGAGACCUUCCGACCAGCUUGGAACCAAGAGUGCGUUCUAGAAGACAACUUGCUGCUAGAGGUGGAGUUGAGCUUCGUUGUGGAGAAGGAUCGGAGAAAGCAAGACUACCUGCGAAGUCGAUUUCCACAUGCUAAAGUGUUUUUCAAGGACAUGAAUGACAUGGGACAUGCGAAGGCUUCCACUUUUGAUGGUAGCUUCCACAAAGUGCCCAAGGUGGACCUUCUUUGCAGCGGCUUUCCAUGCGUUUCGGUGAGCCCAUUGACUACAACACCGGGAUCGGUGUUGGACAAAUCAUGUCAGUCUGGUUGCACUGAACGGGAGAUUGCAAUCUUGGCAUGUGCUUGUGAAGAGAUGAUGGAGAUGGGGGUGAACCCGGUGGAAGAACUCCUGGUGAUUCAGGUCGUUUUCGGUGCCAGUCCACUUCGCUGCUCUAGUGACUUUGCUAGCGCACUGGCGCCCACCGUGUCCCUGGCAGAUGCGUUGAAGGUAGUUCAGCGCUGCUUCAGGCGACCUGACAGGCUCCUAGCAGAUAGCUUGGCUUUUUGCAAGGCUUUGGGAAUCAUUGCCAGAGAUGCGACCACGGAGGACUUUCAGAAGAAGUUUCUUGCGAUGAAGGACUACCCGCCUCAACCUGGAACCUUCACUACCACGGCCAUUUUGAACUGGAGCUUUGAAGAUACUUCUUUCUGGCGCCCUCCAGACCUUCCAACUGUCAUGGACAUCUCAAAGUCCAUUGCACUGGGCGAGAUCCUGGGACUUCGGAUGGCAAUGGAUGAAGAUACUCAAAUGGAAGAUGAAGCGGGUUUGAAUCCAGGCCUUGGGGAGCUCACCUUUGACGAUGGAGGUAUGCGCGGGCUUGCUGCAGCACUGUGCUGGGUUGGGCUGGUUUACAGAUGCUCCAAUGAGAGCAAAGAGGCAUUGUGCCAUCCCAGUGUGAUUGCCCUGGCUCGCUCAUUGCUGCAACUGCCUACCAUGCGUAAGAGCCAAAGCUCAGACAUGAUGUCUGAACAAAUCCGCCGCAUCAUUCGCCAGAAUGUCGAGUCCAAGAAAAUGGCAAUCACCAGCUUUGAGUGGGCGGAAAUCCUACGCAACAUGAACAAGCAGGGGCAACCAACUUCAGUGCAAGAUGCCAUCGACUGCUACAACAAGAGUCCAGAAGUCGACCGGAUUGGUGCGGGCUCUUUGGUGAUUGACAGCAAGAAGCUGUGGGCAAUAAAGCAUUGGAUGGAACAGACCUGUGACGCAGCACGUGAAGAGGUCAUGAUCUCAUUGAAAGACAAUGCCUUUGCCUUUGGACCUUGGGGGGAGAGUUUGUCUAUCAUGAAGCACCUGUUCAUGAAGUCCACCAUUUCCAAUCUUCAGUGCUCCACUUCGUCAUUGUCGCCUUUGGAGGGUGAGAGCACCAUUCCUUUAGACUGGACUUUGCCCAUGUGGUCUCAUGCACAGACAAUGCUCUUCCGCAGGAUUCGGUUGCACUUCGAGAAAGCGACAGCCAUUGUGGAAGAUGCCCAAGACCGUCGCAAAUACAGAAUGUCUGAAUCGGAUCUGUUGAGCCUCAGAAAUGUUCUGUGCCUUUGGGCACAGGUGAGGGAUUUCCUCUCUACCCGCCUUCCCAACUUCACGAGCCUGGAGGAAGCACUCAUGAAGGGCAAUGGAGCUGAUCAUGAGCUAGAACAGAUCCUUCAGCAGCGGCCAGCCGUGUUUGCAGUUUCCUUCUUGCCGUGUGCGCAACAGUCUGCUCUGGAAGAUGUCAAGAAGCACGAAGAAGUUGUGACAUUAGAAGCUCAGAAGCAGAGAUUGGAACUGAGGGAUGCAAAGUGGAAGUACUUUGCUGCUGCGCUUAACCGUGAUCAGCAGGUUUUGCGCAUGAUUCUUUCUGCUCCAGCAAAGCUUGAAGCUUUGAAGCACAGGAAGCAAAUGGCAUGGAGGAUUGAGCAAGCCCAGGCAGCUACUUGCAAUUGCAAAGAAUCUGAUGUCCACAUCUUGACCUUCGUGGAUUUGAAUGUUCCUUUGGCCAAAUCCAAGGAACGCAUGGAGGAACUAUGCACCCUCGUGCAAUUCGCGAAUGACCUCCAACCUACGCGCAAUGUCGGCGUCAUUGAGGUGCCUGAAGCACCGAAGAAGACCUCAAAGCGUGGCCUUGCGGAUGAGGAGUCUGAUCUGCAACAGACUCUGUGGGGGUUGCGGCAAGCAUGUGACAACAGAUGGUUUGUUCCUUUUGAGAUCCAAGCCUCGGCAGAUGCCCAGACUGCCAGGAGGCGGUUCUCCUUUGGACGCUUGGUGGUCAACAAGGAGGCUGAAAGCGAUAACCCGUGGAUCAACAACAGUGAGUUUGGUAGUGCAGGCAGACCUUUGGGCACUGACCCAAUUAUCCUACCAUUGAGCAAAGACCUGAUCCUGCCAGAAGCAUUAGAUCCAGACAGCGACCUGCGCUUUGCAGAAAGACUUCGACCAAGUUCGGAAGCGACAUCCGCUCAAAAAGGGUGUCAGCGUUGGGAGGCAAUUCUCAAGUCCAUGCUCACCAUGACCGGCUACAGCUUGAAGAAGUCACCAGUCAUUGUACUCAACCUCACGUCCUAUGUGGAGGAUCUUGGAGUUUCAGCUUUCCGUCUCAGGGAGUCCAAGCAAGAGCUCAAGGGAGGCUUUCACACGGACUUGCUCUUUUACCAAAGCGUUUGGUGGCUAAACAAGGACGGAUUUGGAGCUGCACGAUUGGCCAGAGAGGUGACCGAUGCAUGGAUCGCAGGUAAGCUGGAGCACGCAGGGCAGAAAAUCAAUGUCGACAUUCCAGCUUUGACGAAUGAUGAAAUCUCAUCAAUCCCAGGCGCUGCCGCAAGCCUUUCUCGACUUGACACGGUGCAGUUCGAAGUCCUGGAAAGGAUUGGCAGCAGCAUGAACAUCAAGAAUGACGAACACCGCUUCUGGAUGGCCUAG